AUCCCUGACGUCACUCAGUUUGAUGAGAGGCUGUGGAGAGGAAAGGUGUAAUCGGUCAUUCUGUGCGGAGAAUUGUUUAUCUGGCUCAUUCGUGAGUGAUUCAACAUCCCGUUGAGGUGUUUUGAAGGAGAAGACGCCGGAGCGGACGUGAGGUGAAGGUGUGUAACUUGGAGCGUGCAAGUGUCGAGAGAUCAUCACCGGCUGCUGCGUGCACCCCAGUGUACCUCAAGCGCGUAAACGGGGGAGGACCAGCCGAUGAGACUACACUGGGAUAAUGGAGGACAACAGCAAACGACAGGGCACCAGAGUAUUUAAGAAGAGUUCUCCAAAUGGGAAAAUUACAGUUUAUUUAGGAAAGAGAGACUUUGUGGAUCACAUCACACAUGUAGAUCCAAUUGAUGGAGUGGUACUCAUUGACCCUGAGUACUUGAAGGAUCGGAAAGUGUUUGGUCACGUUUUAGCUGCUUUCCGAUAUGGCCGUGAAGACUUGGAUGUCCUGGGCCUCACCUUCCGCAAGGACCUUUACCUGGCCUCAGAACAGAUCUUCCCUCUGGACCCCAAUAACAAGAGGCCUCUCACAAGGUUACAGGAACGACUCAUCAAGAAAUUAGGCCCCAAUGCCUUUCCGUUCUUCUUUGAGCUACCUCCACACUGCCCUGCCUCUGUCACAUUACAACCAGCACCAGGAGACAUGGGAAAACCCUGUGGUGUUGAUUAUGAACUGAAGGCUUAUGUAGGAGACACGGUUGAUGAUAAACCUCAUAAACGAAAUUCAGUUCGACUGGCAAUCAGGAAGGUCAUGUAUGCCCCUAUAAAGCAAGGGGAACAGCCAAGUGUAGAGGUUAGCAAGGAGUUCAUGAUGUCCCCCAACAAGUUACACCUGGAGGCAUCAUUAGACAAAGAGUUGUACUAUCAUGGAGAGACAGUAGCAGUGAAUGUCCAUAUACAGAAUAAUUCCAAUAAGAGUGUCAAGAAAAUAAAAGUUUCAAUUCGUCAGUUUGCAGAUAUCUGCUUAUUUUCAACAGCACAGUAUAAGUGUACAGUUGCAGAAACAGAGAGUGAUAUUACUGAUUCAAGUCAAAAGGAGAAUCUUGGCAUCAUUGUCCAAUACAAGGUUAAAGUAAAGCUGAACCUUGGUCCAUUAGUUGGUGAUCUGGUUGCAGAGUUACCCUUCACAUUGAUGCACCCCAAGCCAGAGGAGGAACCUGAGGUAAAUAACAAGCCUGCAGUCCCUCCUGCAUCCUCUCCGACACAGGAUCCCAAUUCUGCUCCGGCAGUAGACACCAAUCUCAUUGAACUUGACACGGAUGGCACAACUUGUUAUGCUGAUCAAGAUGAUGACAUUAUUUUUGAAGAUUUUGCUCGGCUGCGAUUGAAGGGAGAAACAGAGGCGUAGGAACCCUAAUUUCCUCCUGACAGAGAAGCAUCCUCUACAGCCAAAGCAGUAUUCACUUGGAGACAUAGAGGGGCUCCCACCAGACUAAUCAUGAAUGCAUAAGGUCAUAAAUACAUGUCAUUUUUGGUUAUUUUUCUAGAUUCUGUCACAUGGUUGUAGAAAAAGAAGAUUCAUAACUUUUUUUAUUUUUAUUAUUAAUAUUAUAUCAUUAUUAUUAUUAUUAUUAUUAUUAUUAUUAUUAUUAUUAUUAUAAUUAAGCAAGCUUACAAAUGCAGACACAUCAGCAAAAUAAGCGCACAACUGUAGAUUCUUAAAGAACAUAGUUAUUUGUAUUUGCCCUUUCUCUCUUCCUCCUGCAUUCAUUCACUGUCUGUCUUCCUCCCUCAUUCAUUGAUUCACCAUCUCUUUCUUUCUCCCUCAUUCCUUUACCAUCUGUCUUUCUCCCUCUCUUCUUGACUUUUCUUCUUAUUCACUUCAUCUUUUUCUCUUUAUGUUUUAUGCAUAUAUGUGUUAUAAGAAAUUAUGAAUGUUUUUACAUUAUAUUUUGUAUUUGAGCUUCAUGUUUAUGCUUUUGCUCAGUACUAUGAUUUUUGAGCUUCUUUUCUUUAUUGAAAUUACAGAUUAUCCUUAUUGUGACUGAAGCAGUUAGUAUUUUAUGUUUUGUUGUUAUUCUUAGUAUUGGUGUUGUUAUUGCAAUUAUUACUAUUAUUAUUUGUUAUUAUGAUUAUGAUUUAUUAUUAUUAUUAUUAUUAUUAUUAUUAUUAUUAUUGUAAUUAUUAUACUGUACAGUUAAAAUGUUAUUCCGUCAUUAUUUAUCAUUACUGUAAUUGUAUCAUUAUAAUUGGCAAGUUGGUUUUGAUUAUUAUUGCCUAUGUUGCUGUUGUCAUUUUAAUAAUAAUGAUGAUAUAGAAUAAAAUUAUGAAAACUCAUUAUUAUAAUGAUUAUGUAACGAACUAGCUAUAUAUUUCUUAUGAGUACUUGUUAUUGUGACCACCAGAUAUGUAUCCUUGCAACACUGCAUUAGGACAAUAUAUGAAUUAGAUGAAUGUUUGUCCUAGAUUUUAGUGGCUUGAAAAAAAAGAAAAAAAAGAAAAAAAAAAGAAAAGAAAAGAGCACAAUCAAAGCUUGGAUGGGAAGAGCCUUUUGAUUUGUGAUUUCCAUUCACACUUUGCGACGGAGACGACUGAGAUCGGCUGCAGUGAUGCUGAUAGUCCUACUGCUCUAUAGGUACUAGUGGUAUUGUACAAUGUGAUUAUUUUUUUAUUUUUUUAAUUAUUUGUGUGGUUUGUGUGAGUUUAGUGUUUUUUAAUGUUAUGACUUUUAUUAUUAUUGUAUUUUUUAUUAUUAUCAUUGUUAUUAUUUUUUUCUGUAAUCAUUACUGUCACCAUCAAUAUUAUUAUUAUUGUGAUUUAGUAUUAUUUGUUAUCUAUUUUAUCAGUAUCAUUUGUGAUAGUAAUAAUGAUAAAAGUGAUAGUAAUAUUAUUAUCAAUAUUGUUGAUGAUGUUAAUAAUAAUAUUAUUAUUAUUAUUAUUAUUAUUAUUAUUAUUAUUGUUAUAAUUUGUAUUAUUAUUAUUUUUAUUAUUAUUAUUAUUAUUAUUAUUAUUAUUAUUAUUAUUAUUAUUAUUAUUAUUAUUAUCAUCAACAUUAUUAUCAGCAUCAUUAUUACUAUUACUAUUAUUAUUAUUAUUUAUCCUCAUUAUAUUGAUUUCUCGUAGCAUCAUCAUCCUCAUACCAUUGCCAUUUCCUUUAAUAUUGGAACUAAUUGUGUAAUGACCAGUUAUUUUCAGUAAUGUUUGCAAUGUAAUUGUUUCCAAAAUUAUUUGUAUAAGCUUUCUGUAAAGGAUACAUUACUCUUCUUUAUGGUGAUUAUAAAAUUUUGGUCUGUUAAAUAUAAAAAUGAUUACAGUUUUUGAUUUUAGGAUGCAGAGCAAAGGCAACAACAUCCACUUGUAAGAAAUGAGUAGCCAUUUAGUAUGCACUAACUCUAGAGGACAAGCUACCUCAGCACUUGUAGAACCUGUCUCUAGUUAUGACUGUUUUGUGGCAUUACAGUGUCAUACACUAACUUGAAAGCAUUCCUUCGCUAGAUUGUGAAAUGGGUACCUGUGUUGAAAGAAUGCAGUACAAAUGAACAUGGAUUGUCUUGGUUUUGUUGAUUGAAUUGUGUGAAAUAGGUCAGGCAAAUCAUUAUGACAUUGGAAUAUAUAUGAGAUCUAUUGUAAGAUGUUUGCUUUUAUGAUUCUUUGGUUAAUUUCAUGGUAUAUUAAAAAAAAGGCAAGGUGAACAUGCAUGUCUGGGCAAUUUGUAUGAGUGCUAGUGUGGAAGAACUUUUGUUUGAGGGUAUUUUUCAUUUGGUAAAAUAUACUGGCCAUUAUUAGUUUUCUUCUGUAAGUGUUGGAAAAUAUUGUGUCGUUGCACAGAAGAAGGUUUGAAUGUGCGUAUGACAUUUAGAUAUUUAUGAAUGAAGCUUGAAUUGCAAGUUUUCAGUCAAGCACUUGAUUUUGUGAAGGGUAUUGUGAUUGUAUGUAUUUUACAAAUGUUUUAUCAUAUUAUUUAUUCAAUCUUUUAAUAUGAAGUUGAUGAAUGAUGUGAAUUUGGUAAGUUCUUCAGAUAAUAUGGAUUUGAAAAUGACAAGUUCCAUUACAUUAUGAUGAAGUAUGGGGCAUUACUGUAAAAAGUCUGGACUUGUGUUACACAUAUUAGGUGUUGUUAAUGCAGUAUUCCUUGUAAUGCUUUGUAAAAUCAACAGAGUAGGUUUACCAAAGUAUAUUUAAGUGUAAUAAUCCUUUUUGACUAGGGUGACAAUGUGGCUUGCUUACAGAAUGUUAUCUUUAUGAAGUGGAUCUGUGCACAAAGUAAAGCACAAAUCAUGUUAUCAAACAUAAUUCCUGAAUUUGUGUUUAUGAGAAUUUCUUUGUUUAACUCUUUAAGUUGAAUAAUUAUUUUUUCAUGUUUUAAGAAAAGUUAUUGGCUCUAUAUAGAAUGUGGUUUCACUUGAUAAGUCUUCUUUUAUAUAGAAGUAGAGAGACUAAAAAUACAUGAUUCUAUGGUAUGUAGCAGCACAAGCAAAUGUUAGUUAUAUGUUCGAUACAUUGUGUAUUGAUAAUACUAACAUUUUUUAUAUAUAUAUAUAAACUUUAUGGACUAUGGGUAUCACAAAAAGACAGCAUGAUUGUUCUGGUAUGCUGUGGGAAAUCAAAUUACUCAAAAUUCAGGUAGGAUGGUACAAUUAUUGUCAGUUUAAAUUUGGUGUACACAAGCAAGUUUGAGAAUGUCAGCUGACAGAAGUGGUCCUAUUAGGUUUCAUGCAAAUUGGAUACUUUGAAAUAUCCAUGACAUAAUUUAUAUGAUCUCUGCUGUAAAAAUAGAGAUUUCAGUCCUCUUUCCAGCCAGUGCUAUGUCAAACUACUGUGAAAGUGCUAUGAAAGUGAGGUCUUUUGUAAGUAGAAAUGGUAGUUAAGACAAGUCAUUAGCAUAUGUCUAGUAAGAUUUUCUUUACACUAUUUUCAUGAGAAGCAUUCAGACUUUAUGGCAUUAGGAAUACUUUUGUGAAAAAAACAUGAUGACUAUUAUGUAGAUAUAACUAUAGAUCCCUGCAUUUCAACUAUAAUUUUGGUAUGUUAUAUUACAUGUGAAAAUGUAAAAAAAUAUAUAUACUCUUGUAAUGAGAAGGCAUAAUUACUGAAAGAAAUCAUUGUUACUCAUGUUCAGCAUUUAAUAGGUAACCCUAGUUUUGCCAAAGUUACUAUACUGCAUCUUUGUUUAUAAACAUAAUGUUUGUGUACAGUAUUUGUAUGAAAUGAGAACCUGCUAUACAUGAAGCAGUGUUACUGAGAUCCUGCCACAUAUAUGGGGCAGUGUUAUAGCAUCAGUGUUAUGUAGAUGAAAUCAUUGUUUGUCAGUUGAGCUUGGGAGAGAUGAAAGCAUCUUUCCCACUGCUGCCAUGUACUGUACAACAUGGUUAAUAUCACAAGUAUUCUUGUCACUGACAUUCCUCCUCAGUGAUUCUUCACUGUGCAUGUGUUCUCUUGCUUGAAUCCAUCCAAAUUGACAACAGGUUAGACAAAAGGUUCAGUCAAGUUUUCUCAAGACAAUGGCCUGUUAUCCUUACUCCUGUGUCCCAGCAUCUUACAGCAGUGAGGGAAAGCAAUGUGUGGUAGAGCAUGAUCUUGACUCAGUCAUUACUGCAACGUAAGAUACUCUUACUGAAAGCUGAAGUUUUCUAUUUAUUUAGAUGCUACUUAUAGAGUGCAGCAUAUGCAUAAAUUGGCAACUGUAAAUGCAUUUAUAUAAAUUCUGUCUCUUUUGCACUUCUGUGAUGACUCAGUGCUGUACUUUAAAUCAUGCUCACCUUACUCAAAUAAUUGUUGUCUGAUUAUAUAGUUUGUAAAAUGAGAAAAACAGUCAAACAAGAAAUUAGUAAAGAAACCAAAAGCAAUCUGACAAUAAAACCUCAGAGCUUUUUUACAAAUUUUUCUUGUUCCUUUGCUCUUUGUACUUCAGCGUGGUAGCACACUGUGCUCUUCUUGAGUCUUGUCUGGCAGUGAUUAAUGUACAGUUUUAACAGCUUUGGUCACAAAAUAUGUCCAAACUUAUUUUAUGUCCUCUGCAUAAGACAUUAUUUUAUGUAUUUUCCUAUAUAUUUGUGUAUAAUGAAUAAAUGUAAGUGUACCAAA